AUGGCGGCUACAGCUCGCGAGGUGGUUGUCCUGGGCGGCGGCAUCUCCGGACUCACGCUGGCCUAUUUCCUGCGUCAGGCAUUGCCUAAGAUUGUGGCCGACGCCACGCGCAUCCGCGUGCUUGACGCCAGCGCCACGCCAGGCGGUUGGGUGCAGACAGCCAAGCGUGACGAUUUUCUGUUCGAAGAAGGACCCAGAGGCUUCCGCCCGUCGCGCAAUGGAGCCGAGAUGUUGCGACUUGUGGAGCAGUUGAAGUUGCAGGAUCAGAUGCAGGCUGUAGACCCCGCAGCUCAGGCGCGCUACAUUCUGCGGGAUGGCAAGGUGGAGAAGGUACCGACAACGCUCUUAGAGGCACUGCGUUGGCCAUUGUCGAUGGCCGUAGCGCGUGCGGCGUUGCACGAACUGUCUGUCAAGCCAGGGACAACGGAGGACGAAUCAAUAUACAAGUUUAUAUCCAGGAGGUUCAGUCCGUUGGUGGCCGAGCGACUACUGGACCCCAUGGCUUCGGGCAUCUUCGGUGGCGACAUCAGGAAGCUCUCAAUACGCUCGUGUUUCCCCAUGCUGGUGGAUUUGGAGAAGAAGCACGGCUCUGUGGUGAAAGGCAUGCUCUUAGGUGGCUCCAAGGGUGAGGACACACUACUGGAUGGCACGAACAAAUCGGCGUUCGUCAAGAAGCACGAGAAGUCCGUCAGUGUCAGCUUCACUGACGGUAUGGGUACACUGAUCAGUGCACUGGCAGACACUAUCAAUGAUGACCCGAUGGCAGAUCUGCAACUUAAUACGAAGGUGACGAGACUCGAGGUUCAUGGACACAAUAACGCGUCGUCUAAGGGACCACGUUUUGUCGUGGAGAGCAAGGACCCUACAUCCGGUGAGAUCCUGGAGCCUAUUAGAGCCUCACACGUAUUUUCUACGAUCCCUGCUUGCUAUUUGUCCCCGGUAGUGAAGGAUACGGCACCUGGCUUAGCUGAGGCACUGAAUGAGAUCCAGUUCGUGGACAUGGGAAUGGUGCACGUCGGAUACAACGAGGAGGUGUUGACAACCGACGGCUUCGGGUAUCUGAUCCCCACUUCAGAGCGUGAGAAGGUUCUUGGUGUAGUGUUUGACUCCAAUACUUUCCCUGUGCAGAAUAAGAGCAAUAUGCAGACGCGUCUGAGCGUCAUGAGUGGCGGCGCGCACUUCCGUGAGGUGGCGUCAUUGCCCAAAGGAGAACUGGAGCGCCACGCUCUGGAGGCCUUGAAGCGACACCUCGGUAUCUCUCAGAAGCCCGACUACGUGCGUGCUCUGGCCAUCACGAACGGAAUCCCUCAAUACCACGUGGGCUUCGGUCAGACGCUGCAACGUAUUGAGAAGCAGGCUGCUCGCAACACACCGGGUCUGUUCCUGGGUGGUAACAGCUUCUACGGCAUUGGACUGGCCGAUUGUGUGACUCAUUCCAAGCAACUGGCACUCAAGUUUGCAAAGAGUAUCUCCUCUUAG